AUGAGCGUUGUCGGCAUAGAUUUCGGUGCGCAGAGCACCAAGGUCGGCGUGGCCAGGAACAAGGGAAUAGACAUUAUCACCAACGAAGUUUCCAACCGGUCGACCCCGUCCCUGGUCGGAUUCAGCGCCCGCAGCAGACAAAUUGGUGAGGGUGCCAAGACACAAGAGACGUCGAACCUGAAGAACACCGUCGGCUCUCUCAAGCGCCUCAUUGGCCGCUCCUUCAGUGACCCCGAUGUCCAGCUCGAACAGGAGUAUAACUCGGCAGCCAUCUGUGAUGUUAACGGCCAGGCCGGUGUCGAGGUCAGCUACCUCGGCAAGAAGGAGAAGUUCACGGCGACCCAGCUGGUUGCCAUGUACCUGACCAAGAUCAAAGAUAUCACCUCCAAGGAGCUGAGGCUCCCCGUCUCCGAUGUCACCGUCAGCGUGCCCGCAUGGUUCUCGGAUGUGCAGCGCCGGGCUAUGAUCGACGCGGGUGACAUUGCUGGCCUCAAUGUCCUCCGCCUCGUCAAUGACACUACCGCCACCGCUCUGGGUUACGGUAUCACCAAGCUGGACCUCCCCGGCCCUGAGGAGAAGCCCCGCCGUGUGAUUUUCGUAGACAUCGGUUACAGCGACUACACCGCGACUAUUGUGGAAUUCCGCAAGGGCGAGCUGAAUGUCAAGGCCACCGCUUGCGAUCGCCACUUCGGUGGCCGCAACUUCGACAAGGCUUUGACCGAGCACUUCGCCGAUGAGUUCAAGGAGAAGUUCAAGAUCGACAUUCGCACCCACCCCAAGGCCUGGUCUCGCUCCGUCGCUGCUGCAGAGAAGCUCAAGAAGGUGCUGUCGGCCAACCCGCAGGCGCCUAUGAGCAUCGAGUCCUUGAUGGAGGACACCGAUGUCCGCCUUAUGGUUAAGCGUGAGGAGCUGGAGACCAUGGUUAAGCCGCUCCUGGAACGAGUCACCCUCCCCAUAGAGCAGGCUCUCGCCGAGGCCAAGCUCAAGGUCGACGAUAUCGACCACAUCGAGAUGGUCGGUGGCUGCACGCGUGUGCCCGCCAUCAAGGACGCCAUCACCAAGUUCUUUGGCAAGAACCUCUCGUUCACCCUCAACCAGGAUGAGGCUAUCGCUCGUGGCUGUGCCUUUGCCUGCGCUACCCUGUCUCCCGUCUUCCGUGUGCGUGACUUCGCUGUGCACGACAUUGUCAACUACCCCAUCGAGUUCACUUGGGAGCAAUCGCCCGAGAUUCCCGAUGAGGACACCAGCCUCACGGUCUUCAGCCGUGGCAACGUGAUGCCCUCGACAAAGAUUCUAACCUUCUACCGCAAGCAGCCUUUCGAUCUCGAGGCUCGCUACGCCAACCCCGACAUGCUCCCCGGCAAGGUCAACCCUUGGAUUGGUCGUUUCUCGGUCAAGGGCGUCAAGGCCGAUGCCAAUGACGACUUUAUGAUUUGCAAGCUCAAGGCCCGCCUCAACCUCCACGGCAUUCUGAACGUCGAGUCUGGCUACUACGUUGAGGAUAUGGAAGUGGAAGAGCCCGUCCCAGAGGAGGGUGAGAAGAAGGAUGGUGAUGCUAUGGACACUGACGCCAACGGUGAGGGCCAGCCCAAGAAGACCCGCAAGGUCAAGAAGCAGGUUCGUAAGGGUGACCUGCCCAUUGCCACGGGCACCGGUGGCACCGACCAGGCUGUCAAGGAUACCUGGCACGAGCGCGAGACCGCCAUGUACAUGGAGGACAAGCUUGUGGCUGAGACCGAUGAGAAGAAGAACGAGCUCGAGGGUUCGAUCUACGAGCUGCGUGACAAGAUUGAUGGUGUCUACUCCGAGUUCGCCAGCGACGAUGAGAAAGAGAAGCUGCGCGCCAAGCUUUCCGCCACCGAGGACUGGCUCUACGAGGAAGGUGAGGACACCACCAAGUCGGUGUACGUCGCCAAGAUGGACGACAUCCGUUUCAUCGCCGGUCCCAUCAUCCAGCGCUACAAGGAGAAGGUCGAUGCUGAGCGCCAGGCCGUCCUCAAGGCCGAAGAAGAGGCCGCUGCUAAGAAGCGCGCUGAGAUCGAGGCUAAGAAGAAGGCCGAGGAAGAGGCCAAGAAGGCUGAAGAAGCCGCCAACAAGCCCGCUGAGGGUGACGCCGAGAUGAAGGAUGCUCCCGCCGAGGGCGAGACUGCCCAGGGCGAGACUGAGGAGAAGCAGUAG